AUGUGGUAUCGGCGGCAAUUUUCAUAUUGGAAACGCCACAAAACAAUACCCAGCGUAGAAGGACGAAUUUUUAGUGGCUGUCUGGUCGAUACAUUACGUUUUAAGACCAAUUUUGGUUAUUACCUAAAGACAAUCUAUGAUGAUCCAGAAUUUGCCAAUGAACCCUUGGUGGGUAUUUACGGCCUGCACGAACCUGCCCUGAUGGUAAAGGAACCGCAAAUAAUUAAAUCAAUUUUGGUGAAGCAUUUCGAUAGUUUCCACGAUCGUUUUGCCGAACAAGAUGUGGACUACGACCCAAUUGGCGGCCAAGCAAUGUUUAUGACCUCCUAUGCGACGUGGAAGGAGAUGCGCACAAAAUUGAGUCCACUAUUUACCAGUGCCAAAUUGAAGACGAUGUAUGGUCUAAUACAAAAUGUGGCCCUAAAUAUGGAACGGUAUCUGGAGAAGCAAUCGAAGGUGAUGCGCUGUGACAUGAAGGAAUUUUGUGCCAGCUACACAAUUGAUAUAAUCGCCACGGUGCUACUGGGAUUCCAAUCCAAUUCCAUGGAAAAUCCUUCCGAGGAGUUGCGAAAUAUAAUUCGAAAAUUAACAGAGUUCUCGGGAAGAAGAGCCUUUAAUUUCAUCAUAGCCUUUUUUGUACCAAGUCUGGCAAGAUUUUUCCGAUCAAAAUUGUUGUAUGAGGAAACGGAACAUUUUCUACGGACCUCAAUUGUCCAGUCUGUUGAGGAGAGGAAAUUGAGUGGAGAGACACGCAACGAUUUAAUUGAUAUCCUUGUAAAACUGACGGAUGAGGCCAAGGAAAGUGGUCGAGAUAUGUCACAAUUUAUGGAUUGUCUAUUGGCCCAGGUGGGCAUAUCGAUAUCGGCUGGUUUUGAUACCACAGCCACCUCCAUGUCAAAUGCCCUUUUGGAAUUGGCCAAGCAACCGGAAAUUCAAAGGCGUCUGAAAAAGGAGAUUAAGGAGGCAUUUGAGGCGGAGAAGGGUACAAGUGUGUCCUAUGAAAAUCUCAGUAAAUUACAAUAUCUUGAUAUGGUUGUGUGUGAGACCUUAAGGUUGUAUCCGGUAUUACCAAUACUUCAGAGAAGAUAUAAUAAAGGAAUGGGGGCGAGGGAGGGGUACUCACUGAAACCCUAUUCGGAUUUUGUUCUACCCGAUGGAAUGACAAUGUUUAUAUGUACCUAUGGUCUGCACUAUGAUCCCAAGUACUGGCCUGAACCCCACAAAUUCAAUCCGGAACGUUUUGUACCUGAAAAUAAAGUAACACUGCUGAAUUCCAUGACCUAUUUACCCUUUGGUGCUGGACCUCAUAAUUGCAUUGGCGCCCGAUUGGCAAUGCUGCAAUUGAAAUGUGGAUUGGUACAUCUGCUGAAGAAUCAUUAUGUUCGGAUAUGUGACCAGACGGUUGUGGAACCGGAAUUCGAGGCCCGAUCAUUUGUAUUGCAGGUUAAAGGUGGAAUGUAUUUGGAAAUUGUAAAGGAUGGAGAAAUAUAA